AUGAAAAAGGAAGGUUCUUUCUAACCAUAUUUUGCUCUUAUGCAGAAGGCUUUUCAAAAUUCAUACUGUCGAUUUGUAUUCAUUCACUUGGGGAUACUGUCUUUCUGAAAGUAUCCUCAUUCUCCCAUGAGUUAUUAUGGCCAGUCUUGAAUUUUGAGCUAUGACAUUUCCUUUUUAUUUUUGAUGUGAGGAAGAAUCCUGAAGCCAUUGUACUCUAGUACUCCAUAUUCCAACUAAACCCUUGAUUGAGGAUUCAUGGAAAAGUGGCUAUGUCUUUAGCAUUCUGAUUUCUGCCUUUUGCGAUUAAUCUAGGCUGCCCAGAUCAUUUACUACUCCUACUGCUUUGUCUGGAGCUUCUGAAUCACUUGUUUAUACCCACCAAUAAACUUUUUCCUUGCAUAAUAUGGAGGUUCUCAAAAAAGUCGUUAUUACUCAUCUCUUGCAUAUAGUCCAAUGAUUUAUCGAUCUUGUUGGAUCUAGGCUAUGUUACAAGGACAUGGAUGCAAGUGUCAGCAUCCAACAUCGACACAGAAAUGCAAACUUAAAAUGGCCAUUCAAACAUGACACACUCAUAGAUCAUUUUAGAAGGAGUGGGAUGGGGGAGUUUUAAGUGACAUUUUAAGAUUUUCAUAGUAAAAUCUUAACAGAAAAAGUGAAGCAAAACUGUCCCAGUUUUAAAGGUGUCAGAUAUACGUGUUGUGCACUUGCUUCGACAUAUGCCCAAAACCUUGGAGAUGCAUGCAAUUUACAGGGGAUCAAAGUGUUCAGCUGCAUAAUUGAAACUAUCUUUAGAAACUCUAUUUGAAAAGUCCUGAAGUACGAGGUUUUCCAAUUUUUACUUCUUUGGAAUCUGUCAUAUCCAUUCAGGAGUGGCUGCGUUGGUUGUUUGUGCUGCGAGAUAUGGUGAAGGGACGGGCCGAAAAGUAUCUCAUUGCUUCUGCCCUCUCCUCGUGAUUAUACGUUGUUGAAGUCCCUGAUGAUAUAGUACAGCCCGAUUCACUGUCCUGUUAUCUUUGUCAUUCCCAGGAUUUAAUGUGGAGAUGCUCGAGUAUAAGAACAUUAGCUUCACUGUUUGAGAUGUUGGUGGUCAGGACAAGGGUCAUCUAAUGCCAUUCUAAGGUUUUCUGAGAAACCCCAAAUACCAUUUCCGGGGUUUUCUGCCUUGUGCAAGCAUCAUAAGGAAUACCAGCUAUUGUAGUUGGUGAACUGCACUAAUGACUAUGGAGGAGCUUUUGAGAAACAAUAGGCAUCCCAAAUGCCAUUUUUAGGGCAAAUACAUUUUGAGCAAAUGCCAUUUUUAGGGUUUACAACUACCCAUUUUGAGCAAAACCAGUCCGAUCGUAGAGGAACAUCCAAAAUGACUAUAGACGAGCUUCUAAGAAACGGUGGCUUUCCAAUACACUUGGCUGCUGGUGCUGGUUCAGUUACAUUUGCCACUGCCAUUACUUACCCUUUAGACACCCUCAAAACUCUAAUCCAGAUUGGUGCAGGUGCUAAGCAGCAGUUGGAUAUUUAUCAAGUUUUGGGUAGAGUUCAGUGUGUCUCAGGAAUCACAGGUCUGUAUAGAGGAUUUGGGUGGUUCGCACUAGGUAGAAUUCCAUCUGUCGGAGUUAGAUUUGGUACCUAUGAACUUUUGACUGCUUUCUAUAAGGACGGCCGAGAAAACAAGCAUGUCUUUGUAUCAGAGGCUCUAUUGGCAGGGUUUGCAGCCGGUGCCCUAGAAUCAAUCGUAAACACGCCAUUCGAGCUUUUUAAGCUUCGCACGCAGGUGGCGUGUGCUUCUUGGCCGACUUCCAGGUUUGUUGAGGCAAAGAGAGGCACACCAUCAUUAGUUACAAAAUUGCUUCAUGGUCACAUUGCUCAGAAGGGGACAUGGGAUCAAAUUACUGGUCUUUUAUCCACCCUUCCCACCAAGCAUACGAAUGUGACCACUGCUCUCCAAGAGUAUCCAUGGGUAAUGACUGGCUCAGGAAAACCUCCCUCAGUGAGCUAUAUUAAAGGUCCACUGGGCGUCGUCUCCUUAGAAGGAUGGAAUGCACUAUGGAGGGGUCUUCGUUCAGGGAUAUUUCGGGAUUCCAUUUUUGGUGGUUUUUUCUUUUCAACCUGGCAAUUCUUUCACAUUAUCAUGCUUGAUUGGAAGGCCAUCAAUAUGGACCCUCCCCCAAGAUCCGAGGAUGAGGUUGGCCCUGUGUCUCCAUUGGCAGCUAGUCUAGUGGCUGGUUUUUCUGGUUCAAUUGCUGCUGCCGCCUCCCAUGUUUUUGACACUGCUAGAUGUCGAUCACAAUCUAUAGUCAUACCCAAGUAUAUAGCCAUGGAGAGGAAGCUUCUUAAGUGGAAACCAUUGGGUUCUUGGAUCAAUAGGAAAGCGGGGAUCCGGCCCUCAGAUAGGGCGUUCUUGUUGCGUGGACUUUGGUUGCGAGUGGCUCGGAGUGGAGUCUCAUGCUUUGCAAUGGUAGGAGGUUACUACCUCAUAAUCCAACAUCUCUCGUAGUUUCCUCUUUUAUUGUAAUUUGAUUUGUUUCAAAACUCGUUCUGUUACUCUUUUAAGAGCUAGUCUCUCCGAAUAUGUUUUAAACUCUUUCUGGUUUGGGUAAAAAAGGGUAAGAGAGAGAAGAGAAUGUGGUCUGUGAUGAGAACGUGCGUAUUAUUUUUGUUGCAAAAAGAUUAGAUUCAGUUUUCAGCCACUAAGAAAUUCUUCCGGAGACUGAAACAUUACUCACUGGUUGGAUUUCAUUUUGUGGCUGGUGCUGAUAUUUUUUUUUUUGUUUUUAUUUUUACUAGUCAAUGGGCUGAUAUUCAAAUUACUUGAGAAA